GUCCGGGCACCUACUGGGCCCCUCCCUGGGGACCUGGGCCGUCCCAGAGGGCUGACGCUGACUGUGCUGGGUCAGAGGGGACGACAGUGGCUGGGGGAGGUCUGCCCCACGGCUGGAGCCUGGACAACAGUGUCAUCGAAACCGGAGUCUCGGGGCAGAACUGUGGCCGUGCCUGAAGUCAGUUUCUGGGGACCGAGCUCCAAAUGCAGACUGGACUCACGAGACAGAUUACUUGUGUCCCGGCCUCGCCCUGGGACGUGGGGAAGGGGCCGUGAUGAUCAGGAAACCACGAACCAUAGGCUAUAGGAGGCCUGGCAUGCCGCACCACCCUGCACUCUCCCUGCACGGGCCCUGGCCCAGUUAGACCACCUGCUUGGGAGAUGUUGGCAGCUCCAAAGACCCACCUACGGCAAGUCACCAGCCUGGCCCAAGUCGCACCUGCUGCCGCAGAAACGCAGGCCCGAGGAGAUGGCCACGGGCGUGAUCCGACCUCUCUGUGACUUCCGGCUGCCCCUGCCCACCCGCCGGCCCUUCCUGCCCUCAGACCCGGAGCCCCAGGAGACCUCUGAGGACGAGGAGGACGAGGAAGACGAGGAGGAGCCGGAGGGGCCAGGCGGCUGCAGCCCAGCCCCCCAAGCCUCGGGUUGGGCCCCAGAAGCAGGCCCCCCGGGUCCCAGCAGCCCCGAGACACCCCUGCAGCUGCUGCGGUUCUCCGAGCUCAUCAGUGGCGACAUCCAGCGGUACUUUGGCCGCAAGGAGAGGGGGCAGGACCCCGACGCCUGCGACAUCUACGCGGACGACAGCGCACCCCGGGACGUCCCAUGCACUGACCUGGCGCGACUGGCCCCGGGCGGGCCCCCAGACGGCGACCAGGCUGCGGAGCCUGGAGUCCUCUCUCCCAGGGGUCUCGAGGGGCAGGCCCGCGGGCUGGGGCCCCUGGCCGAGCUCUUCGACUAUGGGCUGCGGCAGUACUCAGGGUCUGGGGCCCUGGCCGGCAGGCGGCUCAGGCUGGAGCGAAAGUACGGCCACAUCGUCCCCAUGACCCAGAGGAAGCUGCCUCUCUCCUUCUGGGAGGAACCGGCCCCCGGCCCCCUGGGCCUGCUCCGCCCUGGCACGCCCGACUUCAGCGACCUGCUGGCCAGCUGGUCAGCGGAGACUGGCCCUGAGCUGCCUGCGGGGGGUGGCCAGGCCCUGGACGGGGUACAGCUGGCCGAGGCCUAGCCAGUGGGCCAGGGUCCGUGGGG